CUGUGUGUGCUACAGACACUGGCAUUUAACAGUGCUCAUCUCUAGAACUGCUUGAACUGAAACUGAAUAUUUUUUCUCAUUCAUUCUCAAAUAGGCAAAGCUGUUAAAAUUGCUUAAGCAGUGAUUUCUUAGUCAUAUCUGCCAUACCUUUGCAGUCUGUAUGUUCUUUUGUUGCCCUUUUCCCCCCACUGACUAAGCAAGAUUGGUCUGGGAUAAUGUAUCUCUGUCUGUAGCACAGUAUUGCUGUAGCACAACAGUAGGGCUUUAUGGCGUGACCUACUUUUCAUGCAUAGUCAGUUAAAUUCAUGAAAGGUAUCGUUUUGCCCCUUGUACAGUCACUAAAAUGUUACGUUUUUUAUAAGGAUGUACCAAAGAGCUUUCUGGCAUGUGUUUGCUCAGAGCAGUUACAUUGACACCAACAGGAGUGUUUGAAUAUUGAUUUUCAUCAUAAUGAAACUCAUUUUAAUGAGAUCAGUUACUGUUUCUAAAAUGGCAGGUAAAGGGCAAAGAUAGAUGGAGAAUCCAUGACUUCUGUUUUUUUUAAAUUUCUGAUAAAUCUUUUGUCUGUUAACAUAGCUAGAAUAUUGUCUCUGUGAUAGGUCUUCAUGAUUUGCUUAGAGACCAUUUCAACAACAAAGCAUACUCUCAACCUCAGAAUAUGGAUAGGUCUCAAUGAAAUAAGUUAGCUAUAGGCAAGAGUGGUUACAGACCUUUUUAUUCCUCAAACGAGUAAGGUAAUUCAAUUCUGCACUGCACAGUUCUCUGCAAGAAACACUGACUUUGAUGGCCUGUCUUGCAGAUUGCCAGUUUAGUGAGUACAAGAUCAGUGUGAUGCUGUCAUUGGUUUGUGUUGCACACUGGCUAAGGUAAAGGUCUUGUGUGGAGCUCUUGAGGAAAAAUCCAUCAUCUGUCAAAGGUGAUGUACUUGUCAAAGAUGAUGUACCUGUCAGAGAAGACCUGGAGCGUUAUACAACAGCAGUUCUCCUUUUAUUGAGAUAGGUACAAUGUUUUGAAGAGGGAGAUGACAUCUGAACCUCUCCUGAUUGUGUCUGAUGUUUCUAAAACUUCACUUCUUUCUCUGAAGUGUAAAUUCUAAUACUGCUUUUACCAGCCUUUGUUUUUCAGAAGUUCAUUAUACUGCUCAAAUAGACAUCAUCCAUUUUUUUCCGCUUCAGCUAUUCCUUAGUUAUGCCUGAAAGGAAUGUUUAAACAGCAAAUUUCUCUAUAACUGGCUGAUCUGCAGGAAUCAAAUCUCUUUCAAGAUGGGACUCGGCCAGGGCAGCUCACUACUGACAGCUGCUGGUGAACAGGAGAGCUGCCUGGAGACCUCCCCAAACUGCAGGCAAGCUUCAACUGAGAAAAAGAGCGAACAGGCAGAAGACAGGCAGAAGAAGCGACUGAAUAGGCCAAGUAUCCUUUCGAUUUUAGUGAGGUGCCACUUUGUGGCUCUUUUGCUUUACAUGGGCCAGUUCUGAGGUCUGGGUGAGCUGGGUGCAAUUCUGUGAAUCAGAACUGGCGUUGAGUGCACCUUCGUGGAGGGAGUACCCUAAAAAACACACAGUCAGAAGGUGGCUCUAAAGAAAAGCAAGGAAAAUAAAAAGGACUUUUCUCAGGCAUGCUUCUUUUGGGGAGACUGAGGUAACGCACAACAGUUUUAAGGGUGAUUAAGGGGCUAGGUAUGACUUCAGGAUACAGACUUCAAAGGCAUCAUCUACAGUUUGGAACUAAGCAGCAAGUAGUAACGAUGAGCUGGAAGGAAUAAUUGCAAUCCCAAUAACUGCUUUUAGAAUUAACUGUAAUCUCCAAUGACAUGUAGAGCAGUUACCCAACAGUUGUCAUGGCCUGCGAGUUGUCAAAGGUCUGGAAAUCCAGCUGGAUUCUUUCUUUCUCCUAAAUCAAGGAAACAUGGAGGUUAGAGUAGCAGCUAUGAACAAUUAAUCCAAACAGAGAAAUUGUAUGUGAGGGCUGCAGCUCUCUUGGCUGUAUAUCUGCUUCCCUUGAUAGCAUCUCUAAACAUUUGCAGAGGCUGUAGAGACUCCUCCAUCACUUCCCUUUGGUAAUCAUCUAAUAAGCUAACAGCCAGCAUGUUUCCCUUUGGAAAGGAGUGCCUCCUGGAAUGGCAGAUGCUAAACACUAGAGUUGGCCCCUGCUGGCACUGUCCUUUUCCCACAUACCUGGUUCAUCAAGGAGAGCCCAGAGGGUUUACCUUUAAAUCUAGAUGUUAUAGUUCUACAUGCUGGAUGUAGCAUAAUAAAGUCCAGGCUACCUGGUGGAAUAAUCUAGGAGUUGUCUCUAUUGGAUUUCUUCCACUGCUGUUUGUUAUUCCUUCCUCCCUUUUUUACAUCUCUUUUGGCAAUGUGUCUGUAAGCUUCUCUCCCACCUUCAAAUCAAGGUCCCCAACCUGUUGCUAGGACUCCAGACUCCCUUUUUGUUUGUGUUUUAAGUAGCUGGGAGAAGUGCUUGGUUUCUUACUGUGCUGCUGUCAAGAGACACCAGCCCAGGAUUUUCAGUCGGUACAUUCACCUAAGUGCUUCCAAUUUUGCUUCAAUGAGAAAUGGGAUUCUCUGCUUUAACACCUUCUGAUUAGGUUUACAUGGGGCAGUUCUCAUGCUGUCCCAUCAGUCCCUGGCUUGCUGAGGAGCUGAAUCCCAACCUUUUCUCACCCACUUCCCCCAAACCCCACACUAUCAAAUUUCUUAGGUAUUUCUCACUAUUAUUCCUUUAGCAUGAGCAGUGAAAUAAUCAAAAGUUCUUGCAUGUGUCUACUAGAGGCGUAUGUUUGUCCCUGAAGUCUUCCCCAGCUCAAAUGAAGGAAGUUCAAAGGAGAUAAGAUCUUGAAUAGCAUCAGAAAUAGCAUAUUGAUUAUCUCUGGUAUGUGUGGAAAGUUUGCAGCAAGAGUACAUGAGUGUUAUCUGCAUAAAUACCUUUAAAUAUAUUUAAAGCCUGUCUCUUAGGAAGCCACUGGAUGGCAGGCACUUUGCUGUGUGCCUGUGUGCAUGACUGCCUUGAAAAAAAACUCAUAGUCAUUUGUGAUCCAAGCUCCUUAGGAGACUGACGUUUGUGAGAGAGGCAAGGAUGCAUUUAAUUGCAUCUGAACUUCACAAUCUGGCCUGAGCCAAGUCAAGGUCACUCCACCUGCACAGUAUUCCCAGUCCAUUAGUAAACUAGUUUGAAAUGUAAUGGGAGGGAGGUAUAGAGCCAAGGAAAUGUUUAACUUGAUUAUGCUCAUCAGAGCAACAAUCUAUUCACACAGAAGCACCCAAAGUGCUAGUGAUGUGCUAUUUUUUAAGGCUGUCCUGCCUGUGAGUUAUUAAAUGCUGUAAGUUAUUUAUAAUCAUCAUUUGUAAUAAAUAUCACAGGCAGUGAUGAACAUUUAACUUUUUAAUAACUUACAAAAGUGUUUGUCAUGUGGGAUAGUUAAUGUAUCUGUAGUUUUUGAGUGUGUGUCCUUCAGUUUAAUGGUUUAUGGAUCUAAAAUUACCUUGGAUUUUUCUUUCCAGCAGAAUUCAAGGUUACCAUAUUUCCAGGGCUAGCUGGCAUGUUGGAGUUCUGCAGGCAAAACAAGAACUGCAACGAUGUUGCAGAAGACCAUGAGCUCUCUCAAAACCAUAUGCUGGGAGGAUUUGGGAAACCCUGAUGUUUUCCGAUGACAAUGUCGAUUUCUAGCAGCACUAAAACACACCAUGAGGAAUGAAUUUGCUUAUGGGAGAUGCAUAAACCUCUUGCAGUCACCUAUUCUAGCAUGCAAAAAAAAGUGGCGGCCUGCUUUGUGACUUUGUUACUACAAGUGGCUGGUCAGCAAGUCCACCAGAGUGGUUCUGCUGGUCUCAGCAACGCUGCAUGACAUACGCUGCAGUUUGGGCUCAUGUCCAAAGGCCCUGUGGUAGGGGUUCUCACCUGUACCCGCAGCUGGGUGCCUUGGCUCUGCCAGUAACCAAUGGGAUGCUGGAACAGCACUCAGAGCGCUGGCAGGGAGCAAAUUGCUGGUGCUGGAGGAAUGAGACUGAUGGCAGCUGAGCGAGUCUUAUUUGUAAAACAGACCUGAAAGGUGCCCCGUCCUGGUGUGGCAGGAGGCCGAGUCCUUGGACUUCUUCAGCCCCAUUUUACUGUUACGGAUACUACUGGUAGCCUCCUUCACCAGGACACCUGUCUGAAGUGGUUGAGCUCAAUGUCUACCUUGGCAGGGGCCCAAGCACACAGGGUUCAUGUCCAGACCUGGUAUCUCACAGUGUGUGGUCAGAUGACUCAAAGGUCUCCUAGGUCCUUCUGCCUUUACAAUGGGCCAUAGGCACCUUUUCCCAAUGGCCUUUGUAUAUAGUUGGUCCCUGCUACUUAAAAGUAUUUUAAAAUGGCAGCCCCCUCAGAGAAGCUCAUAUGCAGCAGUGAGGUUUGGGCACAAAGGUAAGUGAAAAGAGACUGGGCCAUUUCACAGUCUCACACACCCAGGGCACGUGGAGGGAGGGUGGUAUUCCUGGAGCCUCAAACUUGAGCGUUGUACUCAGGCCUGGAGCAGGCGGGGGACCUGCAUGCCUGAUGGGGACUGUUUCAGGGCUGGUUGGGGUGAGCACCAGGGUGCAAGUGAUGGAAUGCCCAAGAACAUGUUUAGGGCAAGGGACACUGGGAAUAAAACCCAGCUCUGACAGCUACUACAGCUUAGUCUCAAUGGUGUGGGAACCCCAUCGCUGUGCUUUCAAAUCCAAGCUGGUGCCUCACACACACAAAUGCCACCCCCAGGGAAGAGAGCCCUGUGGGUAAAGAGUUUCGCAUUCCCAAAACCAAGCUGCAGCCCCAGUGUUAUUUCCUCCCUGUGUCAAGUCAGCAUGUGAGCUGACAAAAAUUCCUGGGCUCACAUCCUUCCCAGAAAUGCCAAUCAAAACUCAAGCAGCUAUUCACCCGAAGUACCAAUUUUAUAGUUCCGUGUGUCUAUAAUCUAUUUACCAGCAUUCCUACUUCAGUAUGUGCCUGUUAAUAAGAUUAGUAAUUAAAAAGCUUGAUAGGAAUUGGCAAACAUAGCUCCUCCGCCUUUCCCUCCCCUUCAAGCCGGGCUGGCGUGGAGUGUGAGGCAGGGCUGGCAGAGCACCUGAAAGAGUGAAGGCAGGAAGGCUCCACACCGGCAAUGGAGAAAUCCCGGCCACUAUGGGACAAUUCUCUGCAGUUCAUUUUCGCCUGCAUUUCCUAUGCUGUGGGGCUGGGCAACGUGUGGAGGUUUCCAUACUUAUGUCAGAUGUACGGAGGAGGUGGCUUUUUGAUUCCGUAUUUUAUCAUGCUGAUCGCCGAGGGGAUGCCGCUGCUCUACCUGGAGCUGGCCGUGGGGCAGCGCAUGCGUCAGGGAAGCAUCGGCGCCUGGAAAAUAAUCAGUCCCUACCUCUGCGGCGUUGGUAUUGCCAGCGUCGUUGUCUCCUUCUUCCUCUCCAUGUACUACAAUGUGAUAAACGCCUGGGCCUUCUGGUACCUCUUCCACUCCUUCCAGGACCCCCUGCCAUGGGCCACCUGCCCCCUGAACACCAACCACACAGGCUACGAGGAGGAGUGUGAGAAGACGUCGUCCACCCAGUACUUCUGGUACCGGCAGACCCUGAACAUCUCCCCAUCGCUGGAGACCAGCGGCAGCAUCCAGUGGGAGCAGGCACUCUGCCUGACGCUGGCCUGGCUGGUGGUCUAUCUCUGCAUCCUCCGUGGCACUGAGUCCACCGGCAAGGUCGUGUAUGUAACAGCCUCUUUGCCAUACUGCGUUCUCAUUGUAUACCUCAUCAGAGGAUUAACACUUCACGGAGCUGUGAACGGGCUCGUCUACAUGUUCACACCAAAGCUGGAGCAGCUGUCAAACCCCAAGACGUGGAUCAGCGCCGCCACACAGAUCUUCUUCUCUCUGGGCCUGGGCUUCGGCAGCCUCAUCGCCUACGCCAGCUACAACGAUGCCAGCAACAACUGCGAGAGGCACGCCAUCAUCGUCUCGCUGAUCAACAGCGCCACGUCCAUCUUUGCCAGCGUCGUGACUUUCUCCAUCUACGGCUUCAAGGCAACAUUUAACUACGAAAGCUGUAUAAACAAGGUGAUCCUGCUGCUGAUGAACGCUUUUGACCUGGAGGAAGGCUCUUUAACAGCGGACAACCUCAACGAGAUGAAAGACUACCUCAUGGCCACCCACCCACAGGAAUACGCCCAGUUAUCACCACAGGUUAAGAACUGCAGCUUGGAAGCCGAGCUCGACACGGCUGUCCAGGGGACAGGACUGGCAUUUAUAGUCUACUCUGAAGCAAUCAAAAACAUGGAGGUGCCUCAGCUGUACUCGGUGCUCUACUUCAUCAUGCUGCUGAUGCUGGGCAUUGGCAGCAUGCUGGGAAACACCGCUGCCAUCCUCACGCCGCUGACCGACAGCAGGGUCAUCGCUGCCCGUUUCCCCAAGGAGGUGAUCUCAGGUGCUGUGUGUUUCAUUAACUGUGUCAUCGGCCUGAUCUUCACCACGGAGGCUGGAAAUUACUGGUUUGACAUAUUCAACGACUAUGCAGCCACCCUCUCGCUGCUGCUCAUCGUGCUGGUAGAAACCAUUGCCGUGUGUUACAUCUAUGGGAUAAGAAGAUUCGAGAAAGAUCUUCACACCAUGAUUGGACACAAGCCAAACUGGUAUUGGAAAAUUAUGUGGGCUUUUGCUAGUCCUUUGCUAAUUAUAAGCCUAUUUCUAUUUUAUCUCACCGACUAUAUCCUCACAGGAACGCUGCAAUACCAAGCAUGGGACGCCACACAGGGGCAGCUGGUGACAAAGGAUUACCCUGGCUAUGCCCGCGCCGUGAUCGGGCUGCUGGUGGCAGCAUCCACCAUGUGCAUCCCCCUGGGGGCACUAGUGACUUUUGUGAGGAAGAGACUGAAGAGGGAAAGUGUUUCAACCGUGGCAUGAAAAUGAAAAAUCCGACAGCUGGAUUUGGGAAGAUCUUGCCCCCAUCAUCAGUGACUGGGUGCUUCUGGAAAACAGCAAGCAACCAUUAUUUGUAGCAGCUACUUAUAGAGUUGAGCAUCGUGGGUGCUAUAUUGACCAAAAAGUGCUCUGAGGAGGUUCCACAAUGGUUUGGAGAAAAAAAAAGCUCUUCUGUAAAAAGAUGAAGCUUUGCUAUGGCCGCUGUAAGAGGGGAAGAAACAGAACUGCAGCUCACAGAACACUAGCUAGCAAAAAUUAACCUGCAUCUCAACCCAUCACACAUUAGGUGAUUCUUUCCCACUCCGUUAUAGCACUGCCUAUGUGGAAACAUCAGCCACCAAAUACAUUCCUGCUCCAAAAGUACUGGCAAGUAGCCUCGCCAUUCAAGAAAGCCAUGCACAGUAUUUGAAAUGACAUCUGUAUUUCAUCAACAGAUGAAACGGUUGAAGUCUUGAAAUGUGAAUGUGAUAAUCCCUUUUCUACAAGGGAAAAAGUCAGCAGGACAGCAUGCAAGAUAAACGUGGCCAACACUGCUGCUUUCGUAUUUGUGUCCAGCAAAGCAGUUUAUAUAUACUUAUAUGAGCUGCAAAGUUCUCUUAUCUCCAGUAGACAUAAACUUCCAGUUCUGGUAUGUAAUUUUGCACUGUGCUGUACUUUGUGUUUUCUAGGGAUGCACUUUAAGUAAACUACAAGAAGUCAGUGAUAAAGCCGCUUUGCAAGCCCCACCCAAAUGAAAGUGUGCCAUGAAAUCAGCUUUGACAAAGUUCAUAUCCAGGUAUACUUUAAUGUAACAACCCAGGACUUCCACAGAACUGGUUAAUUUCCCUCUGUGAACGUUGUAUAAAGAAAGCAAUAUGUUUAAAUUGUAUGCUUUGUGUAAUAGAAAACAGUAAAACUAUAUCUAAGAACUUUAAA